ACCGUCAAAACAUGUCAUUAUAUAUGCGGUCUAUGAUUGAAAUCUCCUUUUCUUUUCUUUCCGGGUUGAGGAUCUGGUAUAAAAAAUCUCAUUCAGUUAAGAAAUUGAUUUUGUUUUGACUUUUAUCAGCGAUCAUGAAGAGAUCAGACGAAUUUUGGUAUGCUACCAAUCUCUUUCAAGCGGGCAUGGACGAGUUGUACCUAAACAUGGUUUUAUUUUUUUCACCUCAUUCAAAACAUAAACCAGUUUGAAGAUGAGGGGUUUCUGUCAACGGGGUUGCCUGAAAGAGGUUGUGGGUAUUUUAGAUAUAAAAGACACUACGGUAGAAUUUGCUACACAUGCUUCUCUCUUGCAGGUUUGGAUUCACAGAAAAGAAUUAUUACAAGGGAAAAGAAUCCACGUUCAGAGAACUCAAAUGGGUGUUGCAAUAGACAAGCUUGUGGAAAACACACUGAUAAAAAUGUACGUCAAAUGCGCAAGCUUGGCAGACGCUCGCAAGGUGUUUGACAAAAUGUCUGAACGGGAUGUAUGCUCGUGGACUCUGAUGAUUGCAGCUUAUGCAAAGCAGGGCCCUGCUGAAGAGGCACUCAUUCUGUUCCGCGAAAUGCAAGACGUUGAAGCCGAUCAAUUGGUUUUCUCCAGCGUUGUUUCGGCUUGUGCCAAAUUGGCAUUUAUUGAACAGGGUAUGGAGCUCCACCGAGUAAUUCUAACGAGGGCAUUUCAGUCUCAUGUCUCUGUGGCCAAUGCCCUUAUAGAUAUGUAUGCGAAAUGUGGAAAUGUACAGAAAGCACAGAAACUAUUUAACGAAAUGCCUGAGCCAGAUGUUAUUUCCUGGACAAGCUUAAUAGCAGGAUACACGCAUAGUGGACUUGUUCACGAGGCUUUAGGUUUCUUUGAGCGAAUGCCUCAUCGAGACAUCGUGUCCUGGAAUGCUAUGGUUGUGGGAUUUUCGCAGAAUGGAUUUGUUGAUGAGGCCAUGAAACUGUUCAACGAAAUGCCUCAAUCAAAUGUUGUCUCAUGGAAUGCGAUGAUAACAGGAUUUGCACAGAGAGGGCUUGUUGAUAAAGCCCUGAAACUCUUUCAGGAAAUGCCUCAAAGAGAUGUGGUUUCAUGGAAUGCCAUGCUUGCUGGAUUUGCACAAAAUGGGUUUGUUGAUGAAGCCCUUAAACUCUUUCAGGAAAUGCCUCGGCCAAAUUUGGUUUCGUGGAAUGCAAUGAUUGCAGGAUUUGGACAGAAUGGGCAUAUUGAGGAAACCCUAGUGGUUUUUAGAGAAAUGGAAUUGGCAGGCAUGAUGCCAAACUCAAAAACUUUUGCUUGUAUUCUUCCUGCCUGUGCUAAGUUUGGAGCUUUAGAACAGGGUAAGGAGAUCCAUGAAAAGAUAAUUAGAGGUGGAUUUCAUUCUGAUGUCUAUGUGACGACUGCUCUUGUAGAUAUGUAUGCACGGUGUGGGAAUAUCGAGAAGGCACGUGAAUUGUUUAACAGAAUGCAUCCUAGGCCAAUUGUCUCAUGGAAUGCAAUGAUUGGAGGAUAUGCAAUGAAUGGUGAUGGCAAGGAAGUUUUCCAACUCUUCGAAGAAAUGAAAUAUUCUGGCAUGGUCCCCAACCAUAUCACAUUAGUUUGUGUUCUGUCUGCAUGUAGCCAUGCUGGCAUGGUAGAUGAGGGCUAUCAACACUUCAAUUGCAUGAGAAAACACUAUAACAUUGUUCCUGGAACAGAACACUAUGUAUGCAUGGUUGACCUUCUUGGCCGAGCUGGGCGUCUAGACGAAGCAAAGGACUUCAUCACCAAAAUGCCCUUUAGACCUGCUGCUAUUGUCUGGAUUUGUUUGCUUGGUGCCUGUAGGAUGCAUAACAAUGUAGAGCUGGGAGAGUAUGUGGCAGACCAAAUUUUUAAGUUGGAACCUGAAAACACUGCUCCAUACGUGCUCCUCUCAAAUAUUUAUGCUGCUGCUGGCAGGUGGAGUGACAUUGAGAAGGUACGGAAAAAGAUGAGAGGAAGAGACAUGAAAAAGAAACCUGGAUGUAGUUGGAUUGAAUUAAAUAAACAUGUGCAUGCAUUCCUUGGAGGCAGUGAUCAAAUUUGAAUAGCUGGCCCAAGUCUCAAUCUGAAGUUAAUCAGUAAUGGAAUGGUCAAAGGCAAUUUCACCCUUUACUUUCUGCAUAUAGAAAAAAGUUUACACUUCAAUGGAUAAAUGUAUAAGAGUUUAUUCUCAGCUUGGUUCCACUCAUUAGCAGGAAUUUCUAGCAUUUCAGUUGCUAAAUCUUAUAAAUUUCGUGGUUUAUCUGUAACCUCAAGAAAUAUCAGUGGAGAGUCGGAGUAAGUUAUCUUCUCUUGUUGAGUUUUUUGGGGGAAGGUGUGAAUACGCUUGAGAGCCAAAUGAUUCGAGCAAACAUGUAACGUACUAUGCGAAUUCCCAUCUGAUGUAGCCACUACGACACAAGAUACCUGCAUUCUUGUAUCUACAUACCAGUUUCUUACAUGCGAGCUUGGGUAAAACAUACAUAUAACCACCUGUACAGACAACUAUGAAGAAGCAGCUUAGGCAAUGGUAACACAUCAUAGAACCAAUACAGAGGUAGAGGAGGAAAGUACCAUCAUGUUUUGCAAAGGUAGUAGACAAACUUGUUGGGAUCAUCACUGUAAGCUUUACCCGGCAUAAUCACAAAGUCCAUUGUUAUUGAUAGUUCUCGUGAAUGUUACAUUCCCGUGGAACUUUUGUAGUACGGUGUUCUCUUGUAAUUUCUUCUUAAGCCUUUCCAUAUUUUCUUAUCUAAUUGUUGCCUGCUACAAAAUCGGCUGUUUAGUUCUAGAGAGGGAUUAAAAGAAUGUCUUGUAGAAUUAUGAAAAGUUUCAAUAAUCUAUGUUUACAUUAUUUUUA